GAAGGUGAUUAGAAUGACUGGUUUCAUGAAGGGCCUCUACACAGACGCCGAGAUGAAGUCUGAUAAUGUGAAGGAUAAAGAUGCAAAAAUUAGCUUCCUACAAAAGGCCAUAGACGUGGUUGUAAUGGUGUCGGGAGAGCCACUGUCAGCCAAACCAGCCCGAAUCGUGGCCGGGCAUGAGCCUGAAAGAACAAAUGAGCUGCUCCAGAUAAUUGGAAAAUGCUGUCUCAACAAGCUCUCCAGUGAUGAUGCGGUACGGAGGGUUUUAGCUGGAGAGAAGGGAGAAGUGAAAAGCCGGGCCUCACUGACCUCAAGAUCUCAAGAAUUGGAUAAUAAGAAUGUGCGAGAAGAGGAGUCCAGAGUUCACAAAAAUACAGAGGAUAGAGGAGACUCUGAAAUAAAAGAGAGAAGUACAAGCAGAGAUCGAAAACAGAAAGAAGAAUUGAAAGAAGACAGCAAGCCAAGAGAAAAGGACAAGGACAAGGGGAAGGCCAAGGAGAAUGGCGGAAACAGACACAGAGAAGGGGAGAGAGAGAGACCCAAAGCCCGGGCCAGGCCAGACAGCGAGCGACAGAAAGACAGAGGCAACAGGGAGCGGGACAGAGACUCCGAGCGUGAGAAGGAGACAGACAGAAAGAGUGAGGGGGGAAAAGAGAAGGAGAGACUGAGAGACAGGGACCGAGAGCGCGACCGAGACAAAGGGAAGGACAGGGACAGACGGAGAGUGAAAAACGGGGAGCACUCCCGGGAACUGGACAGGGAGAAGAACAGAGAGCAUGACAAACCCGAGAAAAAGUCAGCAAGCUCAGGGGAGAUGUCUAAAAAGUUGUCAGAUGGAACUUUUAAAGACUCCAAGGCUGAAACAGAGACUGAGAUUUCCACUAGAGCAUCCAAGUCAUUGACAACAAAAACAUCAAAACGGCGAUCCAAAAAUUCAGUGGAAGGAAGGAAGGAGGAUAAUAUUUCAGCUAAAAUUUUAGACUCCGUAGUGUCUGGAAUAAAUAAUGAGCCAAAUCAGGAAACGACAACUUCAGAAAUAGGAACAAAAGAAGCUAAUGUUAAGUCAACUAGUAUUUCAGAUGAUAAUUCAGCUUGUCUGCGGUGCGAGAAUACUGAGCCCGACCCCGCAGAGAAGCAGAAAGGUGACUCCGCCAGUGAUGCAGAAGGAGACGUUGGACCUGCUGGCCAAGAUAAGUCUGACAUGCCAGAGACUCCAGAAAUUCCUAAUGAGCUUUCAUCCCACAUCAGAAGAAUUCCUCGGCCUGGGAGUGCAAGACCAGCCCCUCCCCGGGUCAAACGGCAAGACAGUGCAGAGGCGUUACCAACAGAUAGAUCAGGGAGUGGUAAAACCGUCUCAAAUGUAAUUGUAGAGUCGCACAAUUCUGACAAUGAAGAGGAUGAUCAAUUUGUGGUGGAAGCUGCCCCUCAGCUCUCUGAAAUGUCAGAAAUUGAAAUGGUAACAGCAGUGGAACUAGAAGAAGAGGAGAAGCAUGGUGGACUUGUGAAAAAAAUUUUGGAGACGAAGAAAGAUUAUGAGAAAUUGCAGCAGUCACCCAAACCUGGGGAGAAGCUGCGUGGGGCCUCAGCUGCACACUCACAAUCUCUGACCCCUGCUCUGCUAUCCUCACGGCAUCGACCACUGACUAAGACCGUGCGACUGACUGAGACUGUGCGGCUGGCUGUCAGGAUGCUGGUGGAGGGAAGACUGGAUCCCUGUGGUGCCUUCCAGCUUCUCAGAGGGCCUCUCCGAGCCCUGCAGGAACCAGGUGGAGAAGCUGCUUACCUGGGUGGGCCCUUUGGUUCCUAUGCACAACGGCUGAUCCAGAAAAUAUGUAUCACAGACUGUGCCGUGGAGCCCUUAAAGGCUGAGCUCGCGGAGCUGGAGCAGCUGAUCAAAGACCAGCAAGACAAGAUCUGCGCUGUGAAGGCCAACAUCCUCAAGAAUGAAGAAAAAAUCCAGAAAAUGGUGUAUAGUAUCAAUUUGACUUCGAGAAGCCUGUUUAGUUCUGUACCAGAACUCUCCAGCAGUCAGUGUAUUGGCGAGUGCGCCUCAACUAUUCCGGUGCUGCUCUUCCGAGCUGCCCUGGACUCGGGGUUUAUCUUCUAUUGGUCGAUGUGUACAGUGUCAUGGCACACGAAUAAGAGAAAAGAUGGCCAGGGCCUUUGA